AUGCAGCUCGCCGCCAGCGUAGGUACAGAUGCUGCGGCCGCGGCGCCAGCGGCAUGCUUGCCUGAACACGUGGAGCUGGCGCACCGGCUGGCCGACGCCGCCGCGGCCAUCACCACUCGCUACUUCCGCACCCCUGUGCCGGUGGACGUCAAGCUGGAUGCCAGCCCCGUCACCAUCGCGGACCGCAAGCCGCUGUUUGGGACGCUCAUCGCGCUGCUGCAUCGCGGCGAGCCAGUGCUGGGUAUCAUUGACCAGCCCAUUCUCAAGGAGCGGUGGGUGGGUGUGGCAGGGCAGCGCUCCACGCUCAACGGCCAGCCCAUCUCCACGCGAGAGUGCGGCGCCGUCGGCGAUGCAUACCUCUAUGCCACCACCCCCCAUAUGUUUGCCGGGGACACAGAGGCGGCAUUUAACCGCGUGCGGGAUGCUGUUCGGAUACCGAUGUACGGCUGUGACUGCUACGCGUACGGGCUGCUGGCGGCGGGAUACUGCGACCUGGUGGUGGAAGCCGACCUGAAGCCGUACGAUUACAUGGCGCUGGUACCGGUCAUACAGGGCGCCGGCGGUGUGGUGACCGACUGGCGAGGCCAGCCGCUGCGCUGGCAGGGUGACGUUGCGGCCUGCAGCGGCGAGGUGGUGGCGGCAGGGGAUGCACGGGCACACCAACAGGCGCUGGAGCUGCUUCAAUGGAAGCAAUAAUUCGGAAGUUUACCUUGCUUUUCGCUGCUGUUGUUUUUGCUGAAAAUUGAAAGUAUGACAUCUAUUGCUCUUUCCAUCUGCUGCCACUGUUCAUAUAUUGCACACCGAUCACAGGAAAGCUGUUUCAAGUAUGGAUGG